CCUCUCUCCCCCUCCCGUCCCGUGUCGAAUGUGCGGCGGGCGCGGGCGGCCAUGGCGCUGCUGAGGGGUGUUUUCAUAGUUGCAGCGAAGCGAACGCCUUUUGGGACCUAUGGGGGGCUGCUCAAGAACUUCACAGCCACCGAUCUGACAGAACAUGCUGCUCGAGCUGCCUUGGCUGCUGGCAAAGUGUCUCCUGAGAUCAUUGACAGUGUCAUUGUCGGCAAUGUCAUGCAGAGCUCUGCAGAUGGGAUUUAUAUUGCAAGACACGUUGGUUUACGCGUGGGAGUCCCUGUCCCAGUUCCAGCCCUCACUGUCAACAGACUUUGUGGCUCGGGUUUCCAGUCCAUUGCCAAUGGAUGUCAGGAAAUUUGCCUCAAUGACUCUGAAGUUGUUCUGUGUGGUGGAGCUGAAAAUAUGAGUCAGGCUCCUUAUGCAGUUCGAAACAUUCGAUUUGGAACCAGAUUAGGAGCAGAACUGAAGUUGGAAGACACACUGUGGGAAGGUCUAACAGAUACGCAUGUUAAAAUUCCUAUGGCAGUCACAGCUGAGAAUCUGGCUGCAAAAUACAACAUCACGCGAGAGGACUGUGACCGAUACGCAUUCAAAACGCAGCAGAGAUGCAAAGCUGCUCAGGAUGCUGGUUACUUUAAUGCUGAGAUGGCACCAAUUGAAGUGAAAACGAAAAAGGGGAAGGAAAAUAUGCAAAAGGAUGAGCACCCAAAGCCCCAGACCACUCCGGAACAACUGGCGAAACUCCCAUGUGUCUUUAAAAAGGAUGGAACAGUCACUGCUGGGAAUGCUUCAGGGGUGUGUGAUGGAGCUGGUGCAGUCAUUAUUGCCAGUGAAUCAGCGCUUAAAAAGCACAGCCUUACACCUCUGGCAAGAGUAGUAGCCUAUCACUCAGCUGGCUGCGACCCUUCCAUAAUGGGCAUCGGCCCUGUACCUGCAAUUACUGAGGUUCUGAAGAAAGCAGGAUUGACCCUGAAGGACAUGGAUCUGAUAGAGGUGAAUGAGGCGUUUGCACCUCAGUAUCUGGCUGUUGAAAAAGUUUUGGGCCUUGACCCUGAAAAAACCAACGUCAACGGAGGUGCCAUCGCUAUAGGUCAUCCCUUGGGGGCUUCAGGGUCACGGAUCACAGCUCAUCUGGUUCAUGAAUUAAGGCGUCGUGGCGGGAAAUAUGCCGUUGGAUCAGCUUGCAUCGGUGGUGGACAAGGUAUUGCUCUUAUCAUUGAGAACACAGCCUGAGGGAUUAUGGAGACUGCAGUGUUGCCCGAAGAGAAUUCCCUGAGAAACUUCUGCCUCACUACCUGCCUUCGUUUUGUGCAAUUCCUGCAAGGUAAAGGAAUAGCUGAAUUAUGAACAAGAAGAUUUGUUAAUGUCUUUCUAACUAAAGGAAGUGUAACAUCAACUUAAUUUCACACUGAUGAAGUAUUUUCUAAAAGCCUCUUUUCAGUCAAAGUUAGUGUAUUUCUGUAGACAAAAUUCUUUUCAUUUCCUGAGGAAAUUGCCUGUGAAACUUUCGCCAGACCUGCCUUAAAAUCGCCAUCAGUGCAGCUUUUUAAGCAGGUAUUGCUUAAACUAUUCCUGCUUCAGCCACUGCUGCUGUAUGGCACAUGUGCCUCUUAUCAUCAGGGAAUGUGAAAAUUGAAUUCAAGACCUCCUGAAGUACAUACUGAUUGUAGAUUGAUGGAUAUAACCUGCACCCUGUUGUUUUGCAAGGGAAAAGAGAAUCAGUGAAAGCUGAAAUUUCCAUUGUGCCUCCCAAAAGAACAAUAAAUAUAAGAGGAAAAAGAAAGGGCU